GCGGGCGCGGGGUGGCCUAUAGCCGCGCGCGCGCGCGGCCGCCGCUCCCCAGUCGGUGGCGAGGCGGUGGCGGCGCGGCAGGUAUUCAAGAUGUCUGUUCUCAAGAUCCAUGCCCGUGAAAUCUUUGAUUCCCGUGGGAAUCCCACUGUUGAGGUAGACCUCUAUACCAACAAAGGUCUCUUCAGAGCUGCUGUUCCCAGUGGUGCCUCAACUGGAAUCUAUGAAGCUUUGGAACUUCGUGACAAUGAUAAGACACGCUACAUGGGGAAAGGUGUAUCCAGAGCUGUUAAAUAUGUUAACGAGUUCCUGGCGACAGCAUUGUGUACACAGAAUGUCAAUGUUGUGGAGCAAGAAAAGAUUGACAAACUGAUGCUGGAAAUGGAUGGAUCAGAGAACAAAUCCAAAUUUGGUGCAAAUGCAAUUCUGGGAGUGUCUCUGGCUGUUUGCAAAGCUGGUGCUGCUGAGAAGGGUGUCCCCUUGUACCGCCACAUUGCUGACCUCGCUGGAAAUGCAGAAGUCAUUCUGCCAGUUCCUGCUUUCAAUGUGAUCAAUGGAGGCUCCCAUGCUGGCAAUAAGCUGGCUAUGCAGGAGUUCAUGAUCCUCCCUGUGGGUGCCGACAGCUUCAAGGAGGCAAUGCGCAUUGGUGCAGAGGUCUACCACAAUCUAAAGAAUGUCAUCAAGGAGAAAUAUGGCAAAGAUGCGACCAAUGUGGGUGAUGAGGGUGGCUUUGCCCCCAACAUCCUGGAAAACAAAGAAGCUUUGGAGCUGCUGAAGACUGCUAUUGGCAAGGCUGGCUACCCUGACAAGGUUGUUAUUGGCAUGGAUGUGGCUGCCUCAGAAUUCUACCGUGAUGGAAAGUAUGACCUGGACUUCAAAUCCCCUGAUGAUCCCAGCAGAUACAUUUCUCCUGACCAACUGGCUGACCUGUACAAGGGCUUCAUCAAGAACUAUCCCUUGGUGUCUAUUGAAGACCCAUUUGACCAAGAUGACUGGGCUGCCUGGAAGAAGUUCACUGGCAGUGUUGGUAUCCAAGUGGUUGGUGAUGACCUGACUGUGACCAACCCAAAGCGAAUUGCCAAAGCUGUGGAGGAGAAAUCCUGUAACUGCCUUCUGCUCAAGGUCAACCAGAUUGGCUCUGUAACAGAAUCCUUGCAAGCCUGCAAGCUUGCCCAAUCAAAUGGCUGGGGUGUGAUGGUGAGUCACCGUUCUGGAGAGACUGAAGAUACCUUCAUUGCUGAUCUGGUGGUUGGUCUCUGCACUGGUCAGAUCAAGACUGGUGCCCCUUGCCGAUCUGAGCGUUUAGCGAAGUACAACCAGCUACUGAGAAUUGAAGAGGAGCUUGGCAGCAAGGCGCGCUUUGCUGGAAGAAACUUCAGGAACCCCCGUGUCAACUAAGCCGUGUGGGCCAAACAAUGCCUGUUCUGGUUUAAAGCACUAGUCACCUAUUUAGAUCAGUUAACUGUAAUAGAAAGAAAGGCAGCUGAAGGAAAAAGACCAUUUUGCAGGUCCUCUUCCCCCUAGAUGAUUCCUUCACCUAGUGUUUCCACGAGCUCUGAUUUGUUGUUCUUAAGUGCUUUACUGCUUUUGUAGAUGAGUCCCUGUGGGGUUUUGUGUGUAUUAAACACUCAACUAUGACCUCGUGACUCUGGGCAUAAACAUUUAAUUUCCUUCUCUGCCUGUUCACUCUUCAAUGUUUGGAGCUGUGUAACUUGCAGUGCAGCAAAAGGUGCCUGCAAUCAAGUAGUAGUGUUUUUACAUGUUACAAAUAAAGGCAUCAAACAACUUAA